ACAAUCAAAAACUGUUCUGUAAUAGCUUACAGGUAUUUGACAAUGUCGUCAGCGCUCAAGGAGAUCGAUUAUCCACCAGUUUGACCGAUAUUUACCUACGAAGCACAUUUGAAUCUGUCAUAAGGCUUUUAGCAUUUCCGUAUCAUAAGAGACCCAUAACGCAAUCUGGGAUUAUAUAUGCCGAUAGGACGGACUAGGCGUGUGGGUGAGCUGGCAGCAAGUAAAUUAGAUAUAGCCGGAAUAAAUCGAAUGGGACCAAAACAAAGUUAUGCUGAGUGAUUCCAAGUAAUAUAUCAAUAAAUUAACCAAGCCAAUGGCUCAUGCAAAACGCAAACGCAUCGAGCUUCGGCCAGUUCAAUAAUUCACAAACACAAGACACGGACACGGAAAGUCCAAAAACAUUGUUCUGAUAUAGAUAUGUAUUGCCCGGUUGGUUAGGUAGGCUAAAAUUAAGUUAUACGCCCCUAAUAAUAUGCAAUGCGUUCAUUUAUUCAUCACCCAAAGUUGCGACACGACGCUAUUCAUAUAUUCAAAAAUUUAUCAUAGUCUGACCGGGUCGGAGCCUCCUUACGUGACGGCAUCGCCAUCUCGCCGGUUAUAGCAAAAAUAAUUUGUCAGGAAUAUCGCCCAUGAACAGCAGCAACAACGCUGCAAUCACACCCAUACCCAUAACCGGACCCAGGUCCAGUGUCCAAGAUAGAUCUCGAAUCAGUACCAACAGAAAUUGUGAACCGAAGGAAGUGGAGCGAUCAGCACCCACCGUUCUAGAGGAGAAUGUGUUCAAUAUUUCGCAACCGCAUCAAUUACCGAAGCACAGGUACGCGCAGUGGCUCUUCUAAUGGUGGCAGCUCGGUAGCUGCAGACCCUACAGGCGAUAGCAGUCUGCUAGCCAAGGAGCUGAAUGCGGACAGCAAUAAUAACGGCAGCGCAGCGGACGAAAUGCCGGAGCCGGAGGCGGCGUUACAGCUAGAAUCGGAGACAUCGUUGCCCUGCGCUGAUCAGCCGGAGAACAGUAAUGAGGCGCUGGAUUUAUCGGUUAUCUCCGGCAGCCGCUUGCCUACAAGCGGGCACGUGGCACUAGAAGCUUUACAACAUACCAAAGUGGCGGUGGCACAGUUUGCAGCCACUGCGCUGGCGGGUACGACUGAUCCAAAUGAUCUGGCCAUGGUGCAAUCGACGAUCUUCAAUGUACAGCGACAGCAUCUGAUGCAGCUGCAGCUCAUCCAGCACCUACAGAGUCAAUUGAAGCGGGCGGGUGGCGUGGUAGCUGCUCUGAGUAGGCCGGGUCAAAGUUAUGCUGAACCUGAAGAUGAAGAUGAGGAGGAGGAAGAAGAGGAGCCGCCGCCGCCGCCGCCGCCGCCGCCGCUAAAUCCUUCCAAAGAGCAGCCGAAACUAAAUGGCGAGGAAGCAGAGAUUGAUCAUGAAAGGCUGGAGGAGAGUUCAAAGACUGAGGAACAGGAAAUGUCAAUGGAAAUAGAGGCAAUAUCCAAUGAGUGCAAUAGGGAACGAGAGGUGCUCCUCACCAAAAUAGAACGCGACCGUGAAAUUGAGGUUGAGGCCGAACGCGAGCUGGAGAGUGAAUAUAAGCCGAUAAUGUGCGAUAUCAGCUCUAGUCUGGCAUCCAGUAUCAUUACCAAUCACGACCCACCACCGGCGCCAAAUGAGCCCAACUGUCUGGAGAUGCUGCAACGCCGUACAGAGGAGGUGCUGGACUCGGCGUCGCAGAGCUUGCACGCCGCGCAAAUGCAGGAGGAAUAUUCGGAAUAUGCCUCAAAGGAAGCACAGAGUCGUGGUGAGAUCUUUAAGCAUCGUUGCAAGUAUUGUGGCAAGAUUUUCGGCAGUUACUCGGCCCUGCAAAUACACCUGCGAUCCCACACCGGAGAGAGACCCUUCCAUUGCAACGUCUGUGGCAGCAAGUUUACCACCAAGGGCAAUUUAAAGGUGCACUAUCAACGCCACACGCAAAUCUUUCCUCCCAUGCUGCUGCCGCCUGUGGUCAAUGGGGGGCCACCGCCGGCAACGCCCGAGCAGUUUGCCGCUCUGCCACCUAUUCGUUUACCCUUUGUGACGCCAGCGCCUCUGGCACCGCCUCCGCCGCCUAACGUAGGUCAACCUAGCGUGGAUCAUACACCGUUGGAACAGCAGCAGCAGCAAGAGCCGCAGUCGUUGACAAUGUCGGGACAUCUACAGCAGGCCGAGGAUCUAAGCAAGCCGGCCAGAGAGAUGUCGCACUCUCCCAUGCAACCCGCGCAGACAUCCAAAUCUCAGCCUGAACGGAGCAGAAAUCAAAGUGCAACGGAUUCUGUCCAGCCGCCGGUAGCUUUCACCGAGAAACAAGAAAAGGAUAAAACGAAGGACAGUCCAAAGCCAACGACGCCGCCGACGACGGCGAAUCGUCGAAACGGCAGCGUACGUAAGCGUCAGACGAGCAAUGCGGGCAGUCCGCCCGGAGAUGAUCGCGAACAUCCCGAGCAUCUACAGAUUGCCAAGCUGGUGCGACGCUCUUCGGCCAGUCGUGAUGGGACUGUGGCACUGCCAGGCGAGUACUCGUUGGCUCAGAUGGAGCGCAUCAUUGACAAAUCGUGGGAGGAUCUCAUUGAGAUAGAUAAGACAUCGGAGACGUCAAAGCUUCAGCAGCUGGUUGACAACAUCGAGAACAAGCUAACCGAUCCGAAUCAGUGCAUUUUCUGCCAGAAGGUCAUGUCCUGCCGCAGCUCACUGCAGAUGCAUAUACGCACUCACACUGGCGAGCGACCUUUUCGCUGUAAGAUCUGUGGACGCGCAUUCGCCACCAAGGGCAACCUUAAGGCGCACAUGAGCAUACACAAAAUAAAGCCACCCAUGCGCAGUCAGUUCAAGUGCCCAGUAUGCCACCAAAAGUUCUCCAACGGCAUCAUCCUGCAGCAGCACAUUCGCAUUCACACCAUGGACGACGGCAGCGGCAAUCAGGGGCAUGGUCAGGGUCAGAGUCAGAGUAUUGGGCUUGGUGAUGCUGAGCGCUUGGGUAUUGAGGAUCAGAACUCAAACAAGUCGCUAGGCACCUCAGACACUUUGGACUUCUCAACCACCAUAUCAGACCACUCUGGGCAGCGCUCGGAGUCUUCGCAGGGAGGCGAUUUCGACGAGUUCAUGACCAUGGACAGCACUGACGAUUCGCGUGACAAUUCAAGUGCAGCCACCGCCACACUACUUGACAGAGAUAGAAGGACUGGCCAUGAUGACGAACGCUCCAGAUCCGAUAUGGAAGGUGGUGGACGUGAAAGCACCAGCGGCGAGAUGCCUGCAAUGGACCUUUCAUCGCCAUCAUCGUCGUCGGCGGCAACAGCGGCUGCGGCGAGGCUCUUUGGCGUCGGUAAUAGUACAACAGCUGUUGGUACUGGAGCCCUACCGAUGCUUGGCAUGCCGAUGCCUCCGAAUCUGUUACUGAUGGCGGCGGCGCGCGAUGAGAUGCAUGCGCUAGGGCAAACGCAUGCCAAGUUUCCGCUGCUGCCCUUCGGACCGCUCGGAUUAAUGGGUCUGCAGCCGCCCCCAAAUGUGUGCAAUUUGUGCUUCAAGAUGCUGCCCAACCAGGCUGCCCUGGAAACUCAUCUACAGAACGAACAUGCCAAAGAAAUGACGGUUCCUUCCGCCCGAGCCCACUCCAACGAAACUAUAUCACCGUAUGGGCCAAAGCUCACUCUCAAUCCAAAUCUGUUUGCUAAGAAGCCGAAGCAAUCGCAGGAGUUGGCGCCAGCGGAGCCAGUCACGCCAUCGGCGGCAACCAUUAAAGAGGAGCCUGAGUCCGAUCGGCUGCUAGUCGACGAGGGUGGCGAUAACGCUUCAAAUACAGCCGCUACCAACUAUCAGCACGAGGCAGCCGCCGAUGCGGAGCAGUCACUGAUGAAGAUGCAGUUGCAUGCUCAUCGCUUUCCAGCUAGCCCGCUGGACUUUCAGCAAGCACUUAUGUCGGCAGGCCCGCCCAGCUCUAGCCUCGAUCCGCCGGUUAACAACAAGCAUUUCUGCCACGUCUGCCGACGCAAUUUCAGUUCUAGCUCCGCGCUGCAGAUUCACAUGCGCACUCAUACCGGGGAUAAGCCCUUUCAGUGCAAUGUCUGUCAGAAGGCCUUUACCACUAAGGGUAACCUUAAGGUUCAUAUGGGUACGCAUAUGUGGACGAAUCCAACAUCGCGUCGGGGCCGCCGUAUGUCCCUAGAGUUACCGAUGCGCCCUGGACCGGCACCGGGCGCUGCACAUGGAGCGCCUUCGGCUGAACAGGAGUUCAUGCAGCGCCGACCGGAACUCUUUUUUCCCUAUCUGCCACCUUUCUUCAACGGAAUUCCACCCAAGCCCGGUGAAUUAAGUCCUGGCGCGUUUACCAACAUACCUCCACCGCACUUUGCAAAUGGAGCCAAGUAUCCAUAUCCGCCAGGUCUGCUGAGUUUUCCAAACUUCUUAGGUGGCGCUGGUCUUCAUCACCAGUAUGCCCAUGGAAUGGAGCGCAGUAACAGCAAGUCACCAACGUCAGAGCCGGCGCAAAGCCCUGCAUCUCGCGAGGAUGACGGAACUUUAAGUAAUACCAUCUGGCAUCCGUUGAGCAGUAUCAAGAUGGAAAACAAUCAAAAUGAGAGCAUUGGCAAUCAGAGCGAGAAAGAGCAGGAGGAUAAUGGAGGCGUGGAUGUAGACGCCGAACCUGAGGCUGGAGCCGAGGAGUCCGAAUUCCAGGGCGGUGAGAAAUAACUGUAAAAGAUCGCCUUACAGUCUAUUGGAAUACACAUGGUUUUUGUGGAGUACAUAUCUUGAGCAUAACACUACGCUAAGCUUGAUCUAGCACACAUAUACGAUAUAUCCUCUGUGUCUAUAUACUAUAGUAUGAGUAAUUAAUGGCGAUUUUGAGGCAUUUAAAUGCAUUAAGUAUAGCAAUAAGUUGUAUAAAUUGCAAAACGUGAGCAAAAACAAAGAAGACCGAACCUGGCGGCACACACACACACACUCACAAUUAACUAAUUUUAUGGCUACACAUAACACUUAACAAUACAAAAACAAAAACAAAAGUAGAUACACGUAAUGUAAACUGUGGUAGUUGCAUAUAAAAGCGAAAUCGAAAAUCGAAUGAUCAAAAAUAAAACCGUGCGAGCAAAUUGCAAACCUCGAGUGACAUUUAAA